AUGGACGUGGGCGCGGCCGACUUUGAGGCGAAGCUGCCGGGGCUGCGGGAGCUCGUCCUCGCCUGCGACUUCGUCUGUUUGGAUAUGGAAUUCACGGGCUUGCAUUCAGCAUUUUCACCAGGUGGACAGCCCAGUCUCUAUGAUUACCCCGCCGAGUGGUACCAGAAAGCUAGACGGAGCGUUCAGCAAUUCACAGUGUGUCAGCUUGGGUUGUCCAUAUUUUCUAGUGAAAAUUCAAACAAGUAUACAGCACAUUCUUAUAACUUUUUCCUCUUCCCUGCAACAUUUGGCCAAAUGGAUUCUGAAUUCUCUUUCCAAGCAUUUAGUAUUAAGUUCCUGACUCACUAUGGUUUUGACUUCAACAAGUUUCUUAAGGAUGGGAUCCCAUACAUGAACGAAGCACGAGAAAAGAAACUCCAGCAAGAGCUUCUUUCUGGUGACUGGAUUGUCCACAGUGUCACGGAUAAGGACAAGCUGAAAGAAGUGAUUGAUAAAGUAACAUGCUGGGUUUCGUCAGCAGAAGAGGGAGAGUCUAUGGUUCUGCAUGACAUAUAUGGUUUCCAGAUGUUUGAGAUACAGCUGGUUUUAAGAAAAGCUCUCCAAGAUAUUUGGACAGUCCCUUUGGGAAGUCAAGAAGUAAUGGUGAAGAAGAUAAGUCCACGAAGUCGCUGGCUGCUAGAAAACACUUUUUAUGACUCUUGCCAAAGAGAGCAAAUUCUUCUCUCAGCAAGGGGUUUUACCAAUCUUUUCCAGACACUUGUGAAGGCCAAAAAGCCAUUGGUGGGACACAAUAUGCUGAUGGAUCUUCUGCAUCUACAUGACAAAUUUUACAACCCCCUUCCUGAGGUCUAUGAGGAGUUUAAAAAGAACAUACACAUCCUGUUUCCUAUUCUUAUAGACACCAAGAAUGUAGCAAAAGCCAUCUGGAAGGAAUGUCAGUUUCCUCAAGCUUCUAAUCUCUUGGAGGUGUUUGAAGUGCUGUGCAGUGACAUGAAUCCCACAAAUGCUUCUUGUCCAGAGGUUUUUCAUGCAAGUGACUGCCUCAGAUAUGCAACAAAGAAGUCUCCUCACGAGGCCGCCUAUGAUGCCUUUCUCUGUGGAUCAGUUCUUCUGAAAACAGCUCAUUUGCUCCUUUGUAGAAUCUCUUGUGAUCCAGGAAGGACUUCCUCCUCAUUUUCUCAGUACCUUGAUGUAUUGGCUGCAUAUGUGAACCAGGUGAACCUUGUCCGAGCUCGUGUUCAUAAAAUUAACUUUUCUGGCAUGGAUGACUGUACAAACCGUCCACCACUUCUGAUAGCUAAUGUUCGGGGGUGGCCUGGAGUGACUGCAGAGCAGAUAUAUCAGGAGUUAAGAAUCCACUGCAGAUUUGAUGUGCAACCGCUCAGAAAGAACCAGUUUCUCUUGUUCGGCAAUAAAUUUAAAGAUGUCAAGUUGGUUUUGAAAGUAUAUAAAACUCAUCCCAACCUGGAGAUUUCUCUCUAUCACCACUGGAGGCAUUCAACGCAAGUAAACUGCUUCCUUCAAAUUUCUGGCAUUGUAGCCUCCUGGUCUCUCCUCGCUUUUCUACUAGGCGGUUCUUCAAGUUGUGCAUUGUAAAAGAUCUGCUGGAAAACCA